AUGGUUUUUAAGCCAGACGCGUGGCAGGAGGUCGGAGACACGUUGUGGGAUGCAGUUAUUAACGAUGGAAAGGAUUCUAAGGCGGCCCGCCAGCUAGGUUCCACCUGGCGCAAUGUGCUCCACGCGUUGCUGGAGAUGAAGGCCGAGAGGAACGCGGUGAUGGCAGUCUCUCAGCUUCUGGCCGCGCUGGUUGUGGCAGACAGUUCUGACGCGUGCGCAACGCCAGUUUCCUCCUCUGCCCCCGCCCCGAAUGCCCCGUCGCUGCCGGUGGUCGAGAAGGAGAGCUCCGUAGCCCGGUUUUUCGGCCUUAGCAGGGCGGCUCCGGUUAAGGGCAUGACUGGGAAGAUUGCCAGCUCUGUGGCAGAGUUGAAAAAGAGUGUUCAGGACAGUUCGGGCAGUCAGCCAUGUCCCCCGCCCCAUGAACCGCCUCUGCCCCCGCCCCCCCGCCCCGCUCCAGCCGCUCCCGAUACACCGGACGUGCCCGAUAAACCGGCCGUUGGCACCUCCGAGCCUGAUGGUGGCGCUGCGGCCGCAGGGGCGUGCUCCCGCGGUUCGGCGUGUGUCAGCGGCCAUCAGUCCCCCACGGCUUCUGCUGACGACACUGAGCGGACGCUGGAUCAGGUAGUUAAGUUCUUAGAAAAAUGGACUCCAGACCGCACUAGGCAACUUGCAGGGCCGAUACGCCCGGUGACUCUACCCGCCCCGGCGCCCUCUGCCCCAUCAUCUGGCCGCUCGUUGGCUGAGCGCCUCUGA